GACCACAACAACACCAGCUUCUACUGUCGUGCAUUUGGGACAUUUCAAGACAAAUAUAACAGCAGGAAACUGGCAUUUGCUGGGUAAUUUAAAUAAAAAAAAAAAGAAAAAGCGCUGUGGAAUCGGUUCUGAGUCGACUCCGCUGUGUGGAACCGAACGCUCUCCUGUGAACCGAGUCUGUUUUUAUCGUUAGACGUCAUUUCCUCCAGUCUUGAGCUAGACAAGAUGGCGGCUGUUGUGGAGAGAGUUGAGGGAGGCGGUGGGUCCGGAGAUUCCGACUCGGUUUCGCCCAGAUUACCGUCGCCGGAUCCGGACCAUCCGCACCAGAACAACCCGCUGCUGGGGCUUCCUAUCGUCGCCAUCGAGACCAUCCUCAACCUUCUGUCUUACGACGAGAUCAGCCUGCUGCGACUGGUGUGUAAGCGCAUGGACGUGAUCUGCCAGCGGAUGCUGAACCAGGGCUUCCUGAGGGUGGAGCGCUACCACAACCUCUGUCAGAAACAGGUGAAGGCUCAGCUGCCCAGGCGGGAGUCGGAGAGGAGGAACCACUCCCUGGCCCGGCACGCCGACAUCCUGGCGGCGGUGGAGACGCGCCUGUCCCUGCUCAACAUGACCUUCAUGAAGUACGUGGACUCCAACCUCUGCUGCUUCAUACCUGGCAAGGUGAUCGACGAGAUUUACCGCGUCCUGCGCUACGUGAACUCCACCCGGGCGCCCCAGCGGGCUCACGAGGUUCUCCAGGAGCUCCGGGACAUCUCCUCCAUGGCCAUGGAGUACUUCGACGAGAAGAUCGUCCCCAUCCUGAAGAAGAAGCUCCCGGGGGCCGAGCUGUCCGGGCGACUGAUCGGGUCUGCUCCGGUGGCCGGCCCGUCCGGCUCGCUCGGCACCAUGACGCUGCUGGCCAAGAACGCGCCGUCGCGCUCGGAGAUGACCAAGGUGCAGCAGCAGGUGAAGGUGAACGGCGCGUCCAUGGCGGCGCUGCGGCGCGAGAUGCAGGAGGUGCGGCUCAAACAGCUGGAGCAGCAGAAGCAGCUGCAGGACCAGGAGCAGAAGCUGCUGGAGCAGACGCAGGUCAUCGGCGAGCAGAACGCCCGCCUGGCCGAGCUGGAGCGCAAGCUGAGGGAGCUGAUGGACAGCGCCGUGGGGGCCGCCGGCACCGCCGCGUCCUCGUCCACCACGUCCCCCGCCGCCGCGUCGUCCGCCUCGCCCAAGCGCCGCCGCACCAGCCCCGAGAGGCCGCGCCACUCCAAGCGCCUCCGGAGCAGGAAGUAGGCGCGGUCCUCGCGGUCCUCGUGGACGUUACCCUGAGCGACGGGGGGUCUGUUUUUAUUUUGCGUCUUUUGAAGAAAAAAUGCUAGUGUGUCCCCGCGCGGCUACAGGGUGCCGUUCUCCCCCUCGCUUCUCAGGCGUAAUUAACCUCGGGACGCACCCUCCGCCACGCUUCACGGCCUUUCUUUUAUUUCACGUUGUGCUCUUGGUGUGAUCUUUGCAUGCUCCCGACUCCUAGGAGGAGAGUGUCGAACUCCGGUGGCUCGAGGGUCCCGAGAAGGGAGGCGCCAUACGGAUCUCCGUAGGAACCGAAUCGCGCCGGCGUUUUCGUUCACGAUGGAAUUCCACCCCGAUUUUUUGGAGUUCGUCGGUAAACGGGGCGCCCGCACCUCUAACGGACAUAUCCGGAGACGACUACACCAAACCCCCCCCCCACCCCCACGUUACCACGCCCGGGUCCGAUCCUAAAUCCGCAUCUAAAUCUAAACGCCGCGCGCGGGACGCUCCGAAUCGUCGUUAGCUUCGUAAAUACCCGCGUCUGUACAACAAUAAUUAAUUAACAAUAAAUAAACCCAUGAAAUGAGAAGCUUGUACUGUAAACAUGAUUGUUUUCGUCUGUAAUGAGGUAAAAUUCUUGUAUCUUGGUUUCUUGCACAUAUUCCUGGUUUCAGUGUACAAAUAAAAAUGCUAAUAAAUCAUGUCCAGGCU